AUCCAAUCUAUACACAGGAUAAUUAAUGGUAUUUUCCAACAAGAUUAUGGCAUAUGUGGAAUUUGUGGUCUGACUUUCAUAAUUCAGUCAUUAUGGACCCUGAAGGCUUCUUUGUUUUGUCCUUUUUGAUUUGUUAUAUACUUACUUUACAGCAUUGUAUUGUAUGGUUGAGCAGUAUUGCAACAUUUUAAUUCUCAAUAGACAACUAAAGAAAAUGAAUUCUGCAUAGAAUUGAUAACUAUUUAGGGUUGAAAGGCAUAAACAAUAUUUUAUGCAAUGCCAGAAAGAAAUAUUUUGAGCUCUGAUGAAAGUGCCAUGUUAAGUGCAGGAACACAUACUUCUGCCCCAUUGAUUAUGGCACAAAUUGCCAGCAUGAAGUGCUCAUAAACUAUAGCAGGAUGUUAUAUGAGAAAUAGUUUGGCACUUCACAUUAAAUUGAGCAUUUUGUUUUUCAUUUUUCUUAGCUUGUGCACCAAUUGCUUGCCUGCUUUUGCUGGAAAAGUAUGAAGUACACUCUUUGAUGAUUAAAUUCUGUUCACUGUGUUGCUUGGCUAGAACUUACUCUGCCAUCCUUACUAGAUUCUCCAAUUAUGCAAAAUCAUUGUUUCCAAGUGAAAAUUAAGUUUUCGAAGAUGUCAGAAUUCAGUAUAUGCAAUUAAUUAUCAACUUUUGUUUUUAGUUGGAGUCACUAUACAAGCAGAUCAUGUGCUUAGAUUUUGGGGCUUCAGUUCACUUUCCACACUAAAAUGUGCACCUAAGUUGUUGAUAUGUGUCUCUGCACUCUUCAGUAUCCCACAUCAUAACACAUAGUACAUAAAUCUACUGGAAUCAUAUAUUAAUAACAUUCUUGCAUGUUUUAAAUUGGUAACUGGUGCCUGGUUUCAAUAAAGAUUUGAUUGCAAAUUUUCUGAGGUAUCAGAACUAAAGUUUACUCUUUUUUGCAUAGCACAAGUCCACAGUUCACUGUGACCAGCGGUGCUAUAUCCUAGAAGGACAUAUGGUACAUGAAUUUUUCAGAUGAUCCACAAUCCCCUAAGAAUGGAGAAAAUGCUAUUAUAAAGUCAAAAACCGGAUACUGGAAAGUUGUUGGCACUGUUAGAAUACCGACAAGUACUGUUAUUGUGGGUAUGAAAGUUUCUCUGGACCAUUAUGAAGGCGAAGCACCAUCUGGUAAGAGAACUGGGUGGGUGAUGGAUGAAUAUCUGAUUGAACAGAAUGACGAAGCUAAUCUACCACAGGACUACAAGAAUUUGUGUACAAUAUUCUUUCAGGGAGACGACAUAUUAAAUGCUGGAGAUAAGCAGAUAUGUCUGAAUGCAAAUGUUCCUAAUGAACGCAAGGAAUUUUACCUUCAAUAUCUUGCUGAACUAGAAGAGCAAAAUGCUGCAUGGAGCAACCAGGCUGUAUCUGUAAACGAGCAAGAUGUCUCUUCCAGCAAAGGACUGGACGGGCAAAAAACUAGUGCUGCUGAUGACCAAUCUGUUAAUCAUGCCCCUUCUAGGGAGGGCUACAUAGAAUUGAAUGACUUCUUAAACUCAGAUUCGUCCGCAUCAACUUCGGAAUACUCAAGUCAACGCACUAUGAUUUCUGAAGAGUACUUCGAUUCUGAUGCAUUUCUGAGGGAGAUUAGGAAUGACCAUAACGCAGCUGAUGAAGAACAUACAGACAGCAAGUUCAGCGUAGCUGCAGCUAGUAAAUCAGAUUGCGUGGUUAUCAGUCCACCUGAACAAGGGUUUGUUAACAAUCUCGAUAACCAUGCCACCAUAGCUGGAGAUUCACCGCAAAAGUCAGUGAAAAAUGAUAAAGUAGACGAACACUCAAGUGAGGAGCAUCCACAGCACAGUCCUACAACUUCCUGUUUCCCAAGUCAUGUGAAACGAAGCCUUUCUAGUAGUUCCAGUAGCUCUCAGGGUACCAGCAACAGCAAGUCUCCCCAGAGACAGAGAGAGCGAUCUACCAAAAAAAUUGGAAAAUUAGGAAAGUACUGGUGUUGUGGAUCAUUAUAGUCCAUUGCAUAGCAUUUCUAUACUCUGUACAGGAAGCAUGACAUUACGCCAUGCUAUUUUGAUACGGACUGGUCGCCUCAACAGAUUUAUGCCAGAUCUUCUGAUAGAACAUAGUCAAAGAAGACUGCAAGUUUUGAAGCAACAAUGACCAACAAUACUACAAACUGUGGAAAGUUACAUUUUUGUUUUGUUCAUAGUGUGAAGAUAUCAUGACCUUGAUGAUUCUGUCAAACUGAAGUGAGCUACCUUGAUUCCAUUCUUGAUUGAUAGGGUCAGAUAUUCACUGAUACCUGUGUUAGUUCAGUGAAAUGAGGAUGGCAGUAGUUUCUGAUUAUCACCAGGUGCUCUCAUUUGUAAACAUCUACAGUACAGUUUCAUAUGAUAGAAUUUCACAUUUUAGUAAGUACUAAUACUGAUUGCUCAAUACUUAGUUAUCCUGCUUGCAUUUGAAGGAGUAUAAGCUUUUGAUUUAUGAAAUCCUCUGUGUGGCAGUCGCCUGUUGUCUGCUGGUAAAACUAGGAUGAGUAUAAGCUGGGUUACGUAGAUGUUCUCACCUGACUGUAAACAUGUUUUACUCUUCAGCUUCAAGUUUCUCCUUGAGUUGUUAA